UUUAGUAAGUCGUUGUCACCGUCAGGCGCAGCGAGGAGCGACCUUGUCAGUCGUAGUCAGUCGAGCAUGCCGACAUCCCAGGCAGGGAGCCAAAUAAGGCCAAAGAACGCGAGAAUUUCCGAUAAAGCUGCGCCUAAAUGACCUGACUUGUUCCUCACCCGAUAUCUGCCUCUUCUCUCUCUCUUUCAUUUCUCCAUCUAAUCUCGCCCAACUCUCACAUCUUAACUAUGGUUGCUCAAGUUCAGAAACCCGCUCCUGCUUUUAAGGCUCAGGCCGUUGAAGAGGGUCUCUUCAAAGAGGUCUCUCUGUCUGAUUACCUUGGAAAAUGGGUCGUCCUCUUCUUUUACCCGAUGGACUUCACUUUCGUUUGUCCCACUGAGAUCCUUGCCUUCAACGACGCACUUCCCCAGUUCAAGGAGCUCGACACUGUCGUCCUGGGCGUUUCCACUGAUUCCCAGUACUCUCACUUCGCCUGGGCCUCACAGCCCCGUAACCAGGGUGGUCUCGGCCCUGACCUCAAGCUGCCUCUCAUUGCCGACAGGAGCAUGAGCAUCUCUCGCGACUACGGUGUCCUCAUCGAGGAGGAGGGUGUUGCUCUACGUGGUCUCUUCAUCAUCGACCCGAAGGGUACCCUCCGUCAAAUCACCGUCAACGAUCUCCCUGUUGGUCGUUCCGUUGACGAGACCAUUCGUCUUAUCAAAGCGUUCCAGUUCACUGAGAAGUAUGGUGAAGUUUGCCCUGCCAACUGGAAGGAGGGCGGCAAGACCAUCAAGGCUGAUCCCAAGGCAUCGCUCGAGUACUUCUCGUCUGCCAACCCAAAUAGCAAGACCAAUGGUCAUGGCAUGGACGUGACCGCCUAAGUGUCUAUGAAGCCGCCGAGUACGAAUAACUUUCGCAUUGCGUUUGCUUGAUGUUGUUGUUGGCCGUGGUUGUGUUCAUUUCAUGUUGAUGAUUGUGUUUUUCUUCAUUUCUUGGUUUCUGUUUUCGAAAUUCAACCAUCCACUCGCGCUUCAUAUGUAGAACUUAGACGUAGAGACUUAGACAGAUAUUGAUACUGACAGAAUCGGUAUACUUAGGUCCUUUGCUUUAGAGGUAACCUUGUUACAUCUCUUUUGCAGAGUAGAUUGUACAUACAACGUUCACGUAUAUUGCCAUACGUUCGUAUACUUUUUGGAACCCCUACUCAAAAUCAUUGUGCUAUCGAGUUG